UCCAGAGACCUGCGUUCUCUUCUUCCUCUUAAACAACAAUCGAAUUACAACCCAAUAUUCAUCAUCCAUAUUCAUCACAACCAUGUCUUCAUCGGCGAUUCGCCGCACAAAAGAACGUAGCAUCAGUGUAGGAAGAGUACUUCCUUCAGCUACAUCGAAAACAUUCAAACCCUUAAGUCCAGUACCAUUCACUAAUGGAACUGGAGAAUCCCUGAAGAAAUCUACCGGAAUUGAAAACUCACGGAAUACAUCCAGAGGCCGUGCGACGAUUCUCACAACCCAGAAACCAGUUCUUCUUCCCAUGCCGAGAAUCGACAAGACGUCUUCUGUUUCUCAGGGUGAUGGAAAGGAUCUACGUUUCAGACGUUCAACAUCUUCGGCUCCAAGAGGUAGGAGUUCUAGUCCUUCUGAUUUUACUCGAGUUUUAUCAGAUAUGCGUAAGAGUAGGGUUUCGAUUGAUAGAGAUAUUCAUGGGUCUACAUUAGUUGGUGGGAAGAGUGUGAGUGGAGUGAAAGGUUCUGAUUUACAAAAGAAGGGUUCUUUAAGGAUCCUGAAACCGAAAUCAAGUGAAAUUGAUGGCAGUAGAUCUAAUAGUGUUCAUGUUUUGGAGAAAAGUCGUAGCCUUAAUGAGUCUAGUGUUCUAGAUCAACCCAAAAGAGACAAUGAUUUGAGCUCGAAUAAUACACUGAAAUCGUGUUCAUCUAGCUCUGUAGAAAGGACUAGCAUGAGUAAUAAUUCAGUUGAUGUGGCUGUUAAGACUGCAAAUUGUGUCGAUUUGGAUGUUAAACAGUCUGGUGGGAAAGCUCCGAUUAGUUCUAAGGUAACCGAGGUGCCAAAACAGAAAGUUGUGACAGAAGAAGCUGGUGGUGGUCGGAGUAUGAACAAAUAUCCGAGCAAGCUUCAUGAGAAGCUAGCUUUUCUGGAAGGGAAGGUUAAGAGAAUAGCAUCUGAUAUCAAGAGAACGAAAGAGAUGCUGGAUCACAAUAAUCCUGAUGCCUCAAAGUUUAUACUGUCUGAUAUUCAAGAAAAGAUUUCAGGAAUUGAGAAGGCAAUGGGUCAAGUCGGAAUUUGUGCUGAUGCUAAGACCGAUGUUACAAAAGCAAGUGAUAUUGAAAAUGGCGUGCAUAAUGCGAAAAAUUCUGUUAAAGGUCUAAGCACUGAAGAACUAGAGGCACGGCUUUUUCCUCAUCAUAGAUUACUUAGAGACAGGAGUUCAUCGGGAUCAGUAGUAGGAAGCACCAUUGAUCAAUCAAAAACUGAGGAAAAAUCAUCGAGUCUUAUUGAUGGGACUUCCAUUGCAAAGGAUUUCCUGGCAUCUAUAAACAAGGAAAAGCCAUCAAAGGUGACAAUGAGAGGAGAAUGUGGAAGCCUUCAGUCCUCCAACACUCAUGAAACAGAUGUUUGUAUUAGCUCAGCAAUUCAGGAGUCCUCUUCAGAUAUUGUAUUGGCCAAUCAGUUUGAUACUCAAGAGAACAAGGCCUCAACGAUGGUUGAAGAUGAAACAGAUGAUAGUUACCUCUACAAGUUACAUAAUAUUGGAUCCAAGACUUCAACAGGAGGAUGGUUUGUUUCAGAAGGUGAAGCUGUUCUUCUUGCCCAUGAUGAUAGUUCUUGUUCCUUCUAUGACAUUGCCAACAGUGAGGAGAAAGCUGAAUAUAAACCCCCUGUUAGACUCUCUUCGAAUUUAUGGAAAGAUUGCUGGAUAAUUCGUGCCCCUGGCUCUGACGGUUGUGCACAACGAUAUGUAGUGGCAGCAUCUGCUGGCAAUACGAAGGAAUCAGGAUUUUGCUCAUGGGAUUUCUAUACAAAAGAUGUGAAAGCUUUCCAUAUUGAAGAAGACAAGUCUACUAAGAAGAUAAAUAGAACAGCAUUGGCUCCUCUACCAAACAACAACAUAUUACAAAGAGAAACCGAUUUGAGUUUCCCACAAUGGUGGCAUAAACCAUGCGGACCUCUUAUGGUUUCGGCUGCUAGCUCUCAGAAAUCUGUAAGAAUCUAUGAUAUUCGUGAUGGUGAGGAAAUGAUGAACUGGGAAGUACAAAGGCCAGUUUUGACAAUGGAUUAUUCGAGUUCUCUCCAAUGGAGAAACAGAGACAAAGUUGUUGUUGCAGAAUGUGAAGGUAUUUCUUUGUGGGAUGUUAGUUCUCCCAGCUCUCAAUCAUUGGUGUAUGUUCGUUCGUCCGGUAAGAAAAUAACCGCUCUUCAUGUGAAUAAUACUGAUGCUGAGCUUGGUGGUGGAGUUAGACAAAGAGCUAGUUCUUCGGAAACAGAAGGACACGACGGAGUUUUCUGCACAACGGAUUUGAUAAACGUACUUGAUUUUCGUACUCCAUCUGGCGUUGGGAUAAAAAUGCCGAAGCUGGGAAUCAAUGCACAAUGUGUUUUUUCUCGUGGGGAUUCUGUUUAUAUCGGUUGCAUAAAUUCGAGAGGAAGAAAUCAACCUCAUUCUCCUUCGUCUUUGUCCCAAAUACAACAAUUCUCGAUAAGGAAACAGAGUAUGACGAACGUUUACACGCUUCCAGAAUCAAGCACGAUAACUCAAGUUUGGGGAAAUUCAAAUUUUGUGAUGGGUGUUUGUGAACUCGGGCUUCAUGUAUUCGAAUGUAGUAAUGAUGUUUCUCCGAUUGAUGACGAGUUGUUGAAUGCGAGGGAAGUUAUUGGACCGGAAGAUAUGGACUCUCCUUCGUUUGAUUAUCUAUCGUCGAGGGUCUUGAUUAUAUCGAGAGACAGACCUGCUGUUUGGAGCCACUUGUUUUAGUUCUUGAUUGUAUUCGAAGGACCGAACUUGCAGUGUUGUCGAGGUGAGUUGCAUGGUUUUCACUUUUCGAGAUGCAUUUUCGCUAUUUUCGCUAUUUUUGUGUUUGUGGUUGUGGGUGUGUGCUGGUUUAUCAUGUAUGAUUUUGAAGGAUUAGUUUUCAUGAUGAUCUAUGGACUUAUCCAUGGUUUUUGAACGAUUAGAAAUCUUCGCGAGAUGAUGUUUGGUUGUAGUUUGUUCAUUUGUUUAAAAGUCUUGUCUAAGAGAUUUAAAGAUCUAGUGUUUGAUUUUUA